CCGUUGGCGUUCGCACGUUCCGUUCAAUCCUCUGACGAAAGAAAAUUGAUUGCCAGUGUAAUUGUCGAUAUUCAAUUGCGGAGACGAUCGAAAACGGUUAAUUAAUUCAACUACCCAGUGUAUGUUAUCAUAUUUUAAGGACUACUUCAAUGAUAUCCUCAUCUUUGUACAUUUUCAAAAAGUGACUUGGCUACGAAUUUGUUUACAUUAGUUGAUUUCAACAUUUUUGUUAUUAACUUUGUUGUGAUUAAUGGAUUGUAUGCAGUUGGUGAAGUGACUGUUUGUAAAUAAAUAGAUUUUUACAGACUUAUAAAACUUUGGGAAGUGUUUAGAUAAUUAUUAUAUUGGGUAACAGGAGUGCACAAAGGAGAUUUGGUUUCGUUGAAUGAAUCGAUAUUGGAUAGCGGGAAAGGUUUUUUCUACGAGCUAAUCAAUUUUCUGCCUUAAAAGUGAUUCCAAAUCCAAGCAUCACGUCUCCCACGUCGUCCGAUCACACCCCGACAGCCGGAUCCAAUUCCGGUCUGUUUGUCUCUAGUCACAUGAACAUGGCCGGCUAUCUUAGGCCCUCGGGAGCCCCCCACGGCCACCUGCCAGCCCACGCUGGUCUCGGCACCGGUCUCGGACCAGGCCUGGGGGGAAUGCCCGUUCCCGGGCUUGGCCACUUCGGCAUCUCGAGACCCAUCGAGGCGGCGCUACCAUUUGCGCAAGUCUGUAAUUAUUUUCCAGGAGUCAACCCUAGAAAACAACGCCGAGAAAGAACGACGUUUACGAGACCUCAACUUGAUUUGUUGGAAGAUCUUUUCGCGAAAACUCGGUAUCCUGACAUUUUUAUGCGCGAAGAAGUUGCUGUUAAAAUCAGUUUACCGGAAUCAAGAGUACAAGUAUGGUUUAAGAAUCGCCGUGCGAAAUGUCGCCAACAACUACAACAGCGACAACAAAAACCAACAACGAGAGGACCAACCUCUCCAACGAAAACUGCGAAAGCCGGGAAAAUGUCUCCAAGCAUCACGACGUCCACUCAGCAACAACAACAAAGUACGACCCCGCAAAAUGCAUCUUCACUUCCAACUCCAUCAACGUCCAGAUCUCCAACGACGGUAAAUGUUAAGCGAGAAUCACCACAAAUCUCGACGAAUUAUCGUACAAACGGCAAUUUAACUCCAAUUGGUAGUUCAAGUAGUGUUAUAACGACCCCUUCUCCGCCGAUGCCUUCCCCAUCGAGCAAUCCUCCGCUGUCAUACCAACAUGAUUCCUAUAACAGUUUCAAUUGGCAAUUUAAUAACACCCACAAUAGUUCCCCGCAUCAUUAUUACGGUCAGAAUUAUAGUCAGGCGUAUUACAGUCAAAUGGAAUAUUUUAAUCAACCGAAUGCGCAAAAUCAAAUGCAAGUUCCGAAUCAUAUGGGCGCAUCGUAUCAAAUGACCGGUUAUCCAUUAACAGCUCCAUCUCAUCACCAAAAUUUCAGUCCGCGUCAUACUGAUUGUAGUCUUGAUUAUAUGAAUCAAAUGGUCUAGUGGUUAAACGUGCGAACGGCGGCGCAAAAGUACAAAAGAUAUCGUCGAGAAAUUGAUCGAAAUGAUAGUUUUUUUGAUGGAGCAUAUCAGACCAGAAAUAAACGCGGAUAAUUUUUUUUCUAUACAAGUUAUUUACGUCUGAUGAUGUGAAAUUUGAUUACAAAUAAAAUAAAUAAAAAUCAUCCAAAAAAAGCUUAUUAUUGGAUGUGUAAUAGGCAGGUUUACAAACAUAAGGACACAAAAAGAAAGAAUUUAUUUUUUCGUAGUUUUUGGACUGGUUAUGAAUUCAUCAAAUCAAAUUUUUAAGAUAGAUUAUUAUUAGCAAUUUUUAACUUGGGAAAAUUCGCAAUCAGUGUCAAAAAUUACCUUAAAAACACAUUUUGUGUCUAAAAUCGUGUAAACUUGCAUCAUUUUUGUUUAAAUAUAAACAUGAUUAAUAAAAUAUCAUUAAUCUGAAAAAGAAAAAAAUCUGUACAAACUAAAACGACAGCAAUGUAGUUAUUAGUAGGCAAAUUAAUUUUAUAAACGUUUUGUAUUUACGUCCAUCAUAAAUUGAUUCAGUGGUUAUGUCGUUAUGUAAAUAUGCAAUAUUAAAAGAGUUUUGUACUCUUCUUAAAGAAAGUAUUUAGAAAGUGUGUAUUAACCGUCAAAAAGCGAGUCGAUCAACGAAUUUCAGGCACUAAGAAAAGAAAAUUAAUUUUACAAAAAGAAAAAAAGAUGAUGAGUUAAUACAACAUUUUCUUUUGCAAUGUUAUUUAGUCGUCAAUUUUAAGUGAAUUUUGCCCUUUUUUAAUUCUCAUUUACUUAUAAAAAAAUGUUUUGCUUUAAAUAUCUUUAAAAAAAUUUCUUUCUCGAUGUAUCGCAACGAUAAUUAAUAGAAAAUGAUAUAUCGCUACGAUAUUUUGUAUUUUCACUUGUAUUUACGCUCGAAGGUUAAUAUAUUGUUUAUAAUAUUUUAAUAAUUUUACAAGAUUAAAAAAUGUCUGUUUAGAUUUUAAGAACGUAUACAUCGUAAAGUGUUAAAAUUCUCAGGAAAUAAGUUUCAUUGGACCUAUUCAGGUCGAAUGAAAGAAAUAUUGGUCUAAACUCUAAAAUAUUGAUAUUUAAUACGUGAUAAUUAUGGAAUUUUAAUACUUUAUGGAAAUAGAACUCUUUUGGUCUUCUGUAUAAUGUACUAUUCAUCAUAACUAUUUUACGAGAUACCGUUUGAUAUUUUUAUCGAAUCAUUUGUACAUAGUGAAAGAAACGCUUUUAUCAUUUAAGUUGAUUCGAAUACGAAUGUGUAAAUUGUAUAUACAUAUAGUCUUAUAGAAGUGAU